AUGACUUCACUUUGUGAGUGUCGUCUCUUUCAUCAUGCAUUAAGAAUCGAUGACAUAUCAAAAAAACCAAAUUGUAGUAAUCUGAAAUUUAAACGUGCUUUUCAAUUUUUACAAUUGCUAUUAAUUCAACGUGUUUACGGCAUUGAUAUUAUUUCAUGUCCAGGGGUACGCAAACAAUCAAAAUAUUCUCAACAACAAGAACAGCAGCAGCAGCAGGAGCAAGAACGACAGCAAAAUUAUGAAGUCUUUUUAGGCGGCUCAUGUAAUCCCACGACAUGGCGACAUGACCAAGCUAUACCUUAUUUUCAAUCCCGUUCAGUUUCUUUUUAUAAUCCACAAGUCGCCGAUUGGACACCUGAUCUUGUUGAAGUAGAACACCGCGCAAAAGAAUUAGCUCCACUUUUAUUUUUUGUUAUUGAUCAUGACACUCGAGCAUUAGCAUCCAUUGUAGAAGUAUGUUAUCUAGCAGCGCGUGGACGAAGUAUCAUUGUUGUUAUGAAUCCAAUGCCAGAGAAAAACCAGACAAAAUUUGUUCAGCAAAAACCUAGCACAGACGAAAAAGAUAAUGAAAAUGAUUAUGAAAAUGUAUGCGAAGCUCGACGAACCCUACGUGCAUUACUUCAAAGUAUGAAUAUUCCAGUUUUUGAUGAUGUUCGAUUAGCCCUUGAAUGUGCUGCAUUUAUACUUGAAACAACUAAACGUACAGUAAUAACAAAUAGUGCGUUCGAUGAAGAAAAUAAAGAUCAUACUGAUGUUCUUACGCCAUUACCGAUGUCACUGAGUGAUUUUAAUGGUUCUCAAUCUACGCCAGUUGUUCUUAUUCGUUCGCUUUCAAACAAAACCGCUUAUAAAUCAACUGAUGAUUUUUAUCGACAAAUGCACCAAUCAGAAAUAGCAAACGCGUCUUCGUCGAAACUUUUUCAGCGACGCCUGACUUCCACACCAGAAUCAAAACGCAAUGAGUUUCAACUGGCAUCCGUUUGUACAAAAACACAACUAUCGUGUUCUACAAAUGAAAGCGACGACGAUGGUUAUGGUUCACUUUCGUCGAGUAAUCCUACUCUAUCUCUAUCAACAUCAUCAUUAGCAUCUGAAUUAUUUGAGCCAGUUACUGAUCAACAGCGUGACGAACAUUGUUCAGGAUCGAGUCAUAAUUCAUCAACUUCUAUGAUCAAUAAUUUUAUCUCAAAUUUUUAUUCCUAUAUUCCAUUUGUGAAUUCUUCAGCCAAACCAGAUUCAUCUGUUUCACAAUCACUCUUGGUCUUAUUUACUCUUCCUUUCCGUUUUAUCAAAAAUACUCUUCUUUCACCUGCACUGCCUUCGCCAUCGCAAGACAGAUUUUUUCCCUUGCAAAAAUCAACUGUUGCGGAUCCACCUUCUCCUACUUCUGCCUAUCGACCAUCAAAUUAUAUGUUCGAUAUAUAUAUAGCUUCAGGUGAACAUGAUGAAUAUUGGCUGAAUGCUUUUGCAUUGCCCUCAUUUGAACAAGGUAAUCUGACGUUUACAAAACGACAAUUUUGCCAUGAUACUGAUCAAAACGAUGCUCUCUAUGACAUUCAUCUACGAAAACAGUCACGUGUCAUAUAUUAUUUAAUUAACGGUAGCGAACGUUUAUCGCAUUUGGCUGCUGAACUUGCAUUUGUUAUCGGUGAACGCAAGCAUAAGAUAAUUGUGUAUCUUCAAACAACUAUUGAUGAUGGCACAGAAGACAUACUGUCGAAAUGCGAGCGACGUGAUAUUCAACGUUCGAGAACGUAUCUUGAAGAUUUAGCACGAAAAGAGAAUAUAACAUUGUGUCAUACACGCCAACAAAGUUGGCAAACUGUUUUGGAUUUUUUUCAUCAACAUGAUUAG